AUGUACAAUUCUACAUCUCCCAUUUCUUCCUUCACACCUUCCUCACCUACUUUACCCUCUUCAUCUUCCUCUUCUAAUAAUAAUAACGAUAAUUUUGAGAACAAUGAUAUUAUAACAUCAUCAUCAAUUUCCAUACAAAAUCAACGAUUAUCACCAAUUCCAUUACAACGAUCUUCUUCUUUACAAUCACAACCUUCGUUAUUGAUAGAAAGACCAAACACGCCAACUUAUACACGUAAAUCUACAAGACAUUUAUCGCAACAAGAGCCUGAUACAACUGCUAUUUGGGGAUGGAUCUUAUUAAUUCUCACAUUUGUUAUAUUUGUGUUUAGUAUGUAUGCCAUUGUUUUUAGCAAGCUCAUACCAGAAACCGGAAAUAAGUCAUCAUGUAUCAAAAAACGUAUAACACCAACAAGCCCUGAAUAUGCACCUGAUGUACCAGGAUUGAUUGAUGACUAUUAUUUAAAUUUAUUGGAUUGGGUGUCAGCAAUUACUAUAAUUGGAAGUGGUACUAAUACUAUUUCUAGUCUUUCAUGGUCUGAAGAUGGUGAUCAUCUUGCUGUGGGAUUGAAUGAUGGCAAUAUUGAAAUAUGUAAUAUUUGGAGUGUUCAAAAGAUUAGAUCAGUGAGUGGUCAUACUACUUGUGUAGCUCAUAAUCAAAUGAUUGAAACUGCAUGUCAAUCACAAUAUUUUUUAAUAACCUCUGAAUUUUUGUCAGAUUGUAAUUGUAAAUAUCAUGCAUCUUAUGUUGGUAAUGUAGAAUGGCAAUCUGAAAGAAUGAACAAAGCAAUUCCAAGGUUAAGUUAUUAA